CUGAUUUUCUCAGCAUGCAAACAAAGCUCAGAUCCAGUUAGGCAAUUACAAUUCAUCAGUCCUUGCAUCGCUGCCUCUUAUGUAGACACAUAGUUUUGAUAAUCUCCACGUGUGCCCUCAAAGAUGUCUGCUUUGGCCAUGAACAAAUUGACUCUAUUUCUGAAGUGUGUCACAAAUAUGGAGGAUGCUUCUGAACAUUUUGAAGAAGUUCUGAAGCAUGUGAAGAAAGAACAAUGGGAAAGAGCAUACAAUACAAGGACUUUUCAACUGGGUGUGCUAAGUACUAUGCCUAGAUUUCUAGUUGCAGAAGUUGCACCAGUGGUUCUAUGCUUGGAUUUCUCGUUGCAGCUGGAAAAUAUAUAAUAGAUCCAAAUCAAGCUCCAAGAAAGCAAGUAAAACCAAUUGCUCGUCUUCACGAUUCUAAAGUUCAGAUUAUUACUCAAUGAUGAUGUACAAGAUGGAGUGGUUGGGCAGCCUGGUUUGAAUUUGAAAGCAAGGAAGGAACCUGAAGCCUCAUUGACGGAAAUUUCCUUUUCUGCUUCUGCCAUUUCGACGUUAAGAUUGUUGGAUACCUACACCAAAGAUGAGAACAUUUUGGUUUCUUGACCACGAGUGGGAGUGAUGUGUUAGUC